AUGGAUUGCCCAGUUUCAGAGGGAAGUAGUGCUUCCUCGUUUAUUGCUUUCAUUUUAUUAUAUUCAGUUGUUGCAUCACCGCUUUUUGGAGGUCAGGCAAGAGAGUUCAUAGUAGGCAGUGAAAAUAAUUUAUGGGCAGUUCCAUCUUUUGUUGACGAGUUCAACAAAUGGGCUAAGAAAACUCGUUUUCAAAUUGGGGAUUCUUUAGUUCUGAAGUAUGAUUCCAAGACUGAUUCAGUGUUGGAAGUGACCGAGGAAGACUACAAAAUCUGUCCAUUUUUCUUCAUCAGUGAAGCUGAUGAACAUUGGAAGAAGGGUCAAAAGCUAAAGGUUAUGGUUCUGUCUGAUAAACAUUGCUCCGGCCACCAAUCUACAGUGCAGGUACCUUCUCCUCAUCAUCAACAUCACCACUACCAUCCACCGGCGCCAGCCUUGACUAAUGAUGGUACUAGUCUGAAGGCGGCGGAGGGGUUUAUUUGUGGCACAGCGACAGUGGAGAGUUUGGUUUUGUUGUUAAGAGAGUUCGUAAUAGGCGGUGAAAAUAAUUUAUGGGCAUUUCCAUCUUCUGUUGACGAGUUCAACAAAUGGGCUGAGAAAACUAAUUUUCAGAUUGGGGAUUGUUUAGUUCCAAAGUAUGAUUCCAAGGCUGAUUCAGUGCUGGAAGUGACUGAGGAAGACUACAAAAUCUACAACAACGCCAAUCUAAUAAAAUAA